AUGAUCCAGCUGCUCACUCACGUUUUGGGCUCGUCAGACUCGGUCGCCUGGCCAAACCAUCCAACACCAGGAUCGCAGCUCGCCCCCUCUCCUUUCGCUCACCCACGCAGCAGCCCAGCUCAGACCCCAGAUCAUGCAGUCAGAUCUAUGUCGGCUUCUUCGAGGUCUGCUAUCGGAGGCACCACUAAAGCCCGAGAGAGCAAAACAGAAUUCUCGGCACUGCAACCAAUGAUCCAGGCCCUCAUAGCGCGUCUUGGAGAAGAACAUCAGCUUCCUCGCCGGCCAGUAGGCGAGAAGGAUCUCACUGUGCUCCUUCAAACGCUCAUGGAGCAGCAGCAGCAUCAGCAUCAGCGGCAACCAAAGAAAGUGGACCCGUCACCGUCCGCCGACCCCUAUGCUGAGGUCAAUUUCGGUGUUUCGCAACCAGACAGAAUGGCCCAAAUGCCGUCCGGCCAGUCACCCAAGCAAUACACUGGCGCUGAAGCUUCCUUUGAUCUCUCUGUCAGCAACACACACCAGCCACUUCACUUUGCUGACCUUGACUUCGAGGACGAAGACGAAGACGAUCCCGACUUUAAUCCUGACCUGAAUCCAGAACUGCCACUUCCUUCGGCUUGGUCGCUCGCAGUGCGAGAUGUAGUAGCCUCGGAAGAAUCUCGGGCAGCCGCUGCAGCUGCGGCAGCUGCGGCAUCACACUCUGGCACCCCUUCUGGAGCUCAGACACCGGCAGACAUACUUCCGCAAACCACCUUCCGAGCAAGCAGCUCGCACUCGAAUGGACACCUAACCAUACGUCCGUCAGACUCGGACAGAGCGGGGCGUCGCACCCCCUUUGACCCACCUUCAACACAACCAUCUCGGCGUACCUCCUUUGCGCAGCUUCCGAAUUCGACCGCUUCCACAACGUCUCCUCCUACGCAAGCAGAUCCACAAUACGCGCGGCGAUCUGCGGUGAGGCAUGCGACGCCUCCUUCCACUCUGACCAUACCAGGCGCAACUAGGCCCUCGACAGGCUCAGAGAUUCUGUUCUCGCCUCCCGGUCGACCAAUCCGUGCCUCUCGCAAGAGAGCAGGCUCUCCGAUACCCACUUCUCCAUCCAGGACUGCGCGAUUUGAGAUGGCAGCCGCCUCAUCAGCACCUUCCCAGGAGGAGCCGGCUGCGGAGCCGAGCGCACCACGCAAGAGAGGACGGAAGCCUUUUCUUCAGCCAGGCGAAGCACAGCGCCGUCGUUCCCAACGCAACAUCGAGUACCAGCGCAUGCGACGCCAAGAGAAGAAAGCGGAGGAAUCAGAGCAAAGCGAGGCUGUGCUCGAGCUCAAAGCCGAAGUCAAGAUGCUUCGCGCUGAACUGGAGCGAAUGCGCGACGAGAAUGCUAUGUUACGCGCGCAGCGCGAACUCGAUCGUCUUCAGCGAUCAAGUCGCAGUUGA